UGUGUGCGGAUCGACGCACGGAGCCUGGCGGUGCGUGGCGGUGCGUGACGGUGUGGGAGGAGCCUGCGGGGACGUGGUGACGUGCGGGAGGUGAACAUCACGGACUCUUCACCGAGGAUCUGACCCCGGGAUGAAGGACACGCAGCCCGACCUUUGACCCCUCAUGGAGUGAAGAUGGCUCUUUGGCGGAGGCAGGGGAGAAAGCCACUCGUCUCACUCUCUGGGAAGGUGACCCACCUGUUUGGCUGAAGCUGGCGUGGAGCCCGGUGACUCCUCCUCUCCUCGGGGCUGACGCUGCUCAGUGAAGAUGGAGUAAAGUCCGAAAUGUUCCCGAAGACAAAGUGACCUCAGAAUAACGUUCUCAGGAGGAUGGAGCAGGAUUUCACACAGGAGAAGCAGAAGAGGAGUUGGCACUAAGCUGGACUAACGUUAGCCAGUGUGGGUGAACAUUGAAACUCUUUAACCCGCGGUGAAACCACAGAUCAGCUGUGGAACCACCGAGCCUCCACCGCUCAGCGCUAGAGGAGGUUCCCUUUACCUGUGGCAACAUGGCCGCCACCGGGAGGAAGCACUUUGUGAGAGACUUUAAUCAUUUCAUCACGUGUUACCUGUGUCGAGGUUACCUGAUCAAACCCACCACCGUCACCGAGUGCCUGCACACCUUUUGUAAGAGCUGCAUCGUUCAGCACUUUGAGGACAGCAACGAUUGUCCCAGAUGUGGAAUCCAGGUCCACGAGACCAACCCGCUGGAGAUGCUCAGGUUGGACAACACCCUGGAGGAGAUCAUCUUCAAGCUGGUGCCCGGACUCAGAGAAGAAGAGGAGCAGCGAGAGCUGGAGUUCUGGAGGAGGAACCAGAAAGAAAACGGUCAAGGAGCCCUGAGGCGUCAGAGGUUCGGGCUUCCUGAUGUGGGCGGUGACGAUGGUGAAGCUGGUGGUGAAGACGAUGAUGGCGGCGGCGGCGAUGAGGACUACCACAGGAGUGACCCUCAGAUCGCCAUCUGUCUGAACACGGGACCGUCUGGAGAGAGCUCGGUCUCGGAUCUGAUGAAGAGGUUCAUCCGCUGCUCCAGUCGCGUUACCGUGGGAACCAUUAAGAAGUUUCUCAGUCUGAAGCUGAAGCUGCCGAGUUCUUAUGAGCUGGACGUCCUGUGUAACGGGGAGAUCAUGGGCAGGGAUCACACUCUGGAGUUCAUCUACAUGACGCGAUGGAGGCUCCACGGAGAGAACACGUAUCCCAUGGUUCUUGAGUACCGGCCACGAAUCGACUUCGGCUGAACCACGGCUGCAAGAGGAGGAGCACACACACACACACACACACACACACACACACAC